GACAGCUCGUUGUCCGGCAGGUACAGUUUCGCAGAACUCUUCGUGCCGAUUGCUUCGCUAACACGUUCGAUACGAGCCGUAAUAAAUUGUGGACUCUUAAUUACGGUGAUGCCAAUUUUGUUUUGAAUAUAUCUUGACUGAAAAAGUGGGAUAAGGGUAUAGUUGAACAAGACAGUGCAGCACAUGGUCAAGAUCAAGAUUAUCAAUACUCAUAGCGUGACGAUUAACGGUGAUAGUGUAAAGUGCUUGAAAACACAAAGAAAGAGUCAAUGAAAUAUUGACUCUAGGAUAUUGAUCAAUCACGGAAAGACUGUACCUACUGAAAAAUGUACUCGUGGUCAAGAAUGACGUCGACUCUUUUUUGGAUUGGGAUUAUAUCCCUGGUCGUACUUUGCGGUGAGCGAACCACUUCAGCAGUGUCAGUAAAGAAGGAGCGCGAAUCAUCCCGACAAGAACCGUCGGGGUUGAACCCCUGCAAUUUUAACUGGGAGGUAGAGACCAACAGUGUUUCAGAUCUGCUGAAAUGCAUAGAGAACCUCGCCGAGGAUUCGAAGUCGACGUCAUUAGCAUUCCCCAAGGAUCAGGAAACCCAGGCUCGUCAACGUCCUGGUUCCUAUGAAUUCAGCAACGGAGGACUUGGCAAUGCUCCUUACCGACCCAGCAGACCGAAAGAUCCUCCGCAAUAUCCGUUCGGAUCUGGGCCUUACGGUUCUGAGGGAUUUCCGGAGUCCUCUGAUCUGGGCCUAGCCGAUGCCCUGACGUCUAUAAGCCAGUACGACGACCUGAAGUGCGUGCCGCGUCUUUUGUGCGAAAUCGCCGGAGGCUCAAAGCCGGGAGGCGGCGACUACAAGGCGUCAAGUCCUGGCAGUUUUGGCAUGAACACAGUACUCGGACUCCUGACAGGCUAUAAUUUCGAGGAGGCAUCACCGCUCCUGGGCUUCGCAAAGGCGGCGCUUCUCGGUUACUCGAACAAGGGCGACCCCUCCGUCUGCUACGAGGAGUACGUCAGGUGCCCGAAAAACCCUCGAGCUCUUGUCCACUACCUGAACAACCACAACGGGGGGUUUUUCAGGUUCUUCCAAAACACUCGGAACUCAAAUGUAGCUGAGAGUUCAAACGGGAUUGGGUACGCCAGGAAGCGGCCAGCUCUUCCCCCAGGACUCUCUGGACCAGAAUCCGACCGCACUGGAACUGGCGAGCUCAAGUUCGACAACCUGGAAUCGUUGCUGCGACAGGACGAGAUGGAACGCAUCCUGCAUCCUUUCAACGAACAUUCCAAGGUUGUUUUUCCAGAGGAUGAAAAGCCCGGCACCAGGGUGUCGAAGUCGUUGCAGUCGAACCCGUCGUCGGCAUUCUUUCCGUCCACUUCGAAGGACCAAUCACUCUUCUUUCCACUCCAAAACGACGAUGAGAGCUUAGAGGAGAACAAUAUCGUGGCGUUCGAGAGUGCCGAGGACUCCCAGGGUCUGCGGAAUUACAAUUCGUAUUCGAAGUACGGAAAACGAUUACGCCUGCUAGUUCCUGAUCAAGUAAAAGACCCCCAAUCCAUCGUCGUCUUCCCUGACGAUCGCGAUGAGCGCAGGGUGAGGUUCGUUAGUCCCGAAUUUUCAAACAACCCAUCGUCGUAUGACAGACGCGCCAAAAUAUCCGAGAGGAGUUAUUCCAGUGAUGAACGGAUCUCGACUUCAGAGAGUCAAGCACCAGUAGAAGAAGCAAAGAAAAACCAAGAACUUUCCUCGGACAAUCAUCAAUCCCAUUCGAUUUGACGGAAAGACUAUUUUUCUUUGCGCAUCGACUU